GCGUUGGUGUACGACGAAACGAGUGGAUUGAGCAGGUUGGAAUUGUGCCCACGUGCACACGUAUACACUCGAAUGUAUACUUAACUAAUACCAAGUGGGUACUGCGUUGGACCAAUCGCGUUAAACCACGAUCGCAAUGGCGGUGUCACCAGCCAGUAUUGUGAUAUCAGAGAGAUAGUCGUGACUGUGAAGUAAGAUUAUUUGUGAAUUUUGUCAUAUAAAUUUGGAAAUUUGAAGACACGACUGAUUUGUCCAUCUUCUCCGAAAUGUAUCACUUUGGCGUAUUGAUUGUUUUAUUAUAUCACUCGUUAGACGCUGUCGGGAGCGUUUCACAGGCUGAAAUUGAAAGACAUCUGGAACUUGGCAGAGAUUUCCUUGCUAAGAGACAAUUACAAGAUGCUCUUACUCACUAUCAUGCUGCUGUUGAUGGAGAUCGAAAUAAUUACCUGACUUAUUACAAACGAGGCACUGUCUAUCUUGGAUUGGGUAAAGCCAAAUUAGCUCUGCUGGACUUCAGUAAAGUAUUGGAGCUCAAGCCAGAUUUUACAGCUGCUCGAGUACAGCGGGGAACAAUUUUUCUUAAACAAGCUGAAUUUGAUCAGGCUGAAAGCGAUGCUUUAGAUGUGCUGGCUGUGGAACCUCACAAUGCAGAGGCAGAGAGCACAUACAAAAAGAUUCAGCCAACUCGUGAUUCUUACCGUUUGGCUCAAUCUCUUGUUCAACAAGAAAGGUACGAUGAAGCAGUUGAUUUGUUGUCCGACAUUAUUGAAGUGUGUCCGUGGUCGCCAUUUCUACGAGAACUACGAGCUGAAGCAAACGCUGCAGCGGGUGACUACAUGAAUGCUAUUUCCGAUAUACGCUCAACAACAAAACUACUCUCAGACAAUACGCAAGGCUUCUACAAGCUAUCAGCCAUGCUCUAUAGAAUCGGACACGUAGAUGAUUCGCUGAAGGAAAUCCGUGAAUGCCUAAAACUCGAUCCCGAGCACAAAGAAUGUUUCCCCUUCUACAAGAAAGUGAAAAUAAUAGCAAAAAAAUUGAAUGACGCAAAGGAAGCCAACGAGUCGAGUGAUACCGAGGGUUGCGUCGCAGCAGCCAAUUACAUUUUAAAAACAGAAAAAAAACAUGAAAAAGUACGUUUUUUGGCGUAUCAGUGGUUGUGCAAAUGCUAUCGCAACGACGAAGAUGCCUCGCUUGCUGUUAGCAACUGCAAGGAAGCCUUGGAAAUCAACCGAGAUGCCGAGAUCCUGUGUGACAGCGUAGAAGCGUAUCUCAAUGCGGAAAUGUUUGACGAUGCGAUACGAGAAGCGAAGGAGGCCCAACAAAUGGAUCCGAGCUCCGAGAGAGCGAAGGAACUCCAUCAAAGGGCACUGCAACAACAGAAGGUGUCGGAAUCACGUGACUAUUACAAAAUUCUUCACGUGCCGAGAACAGCGACGAAACGUGAAAUCAUAAAGGCGUACAGAAAAGAGGCACAAAAGUGGCAUCCAGACAACUUCCAAGAAGGGGAGGCGAAGAAACGAGCAGAGAAAAAGUUCAUCAACAUUGCUGCGGCGAAGGAGGUUUUGACAGACGAAGACAAGAGAGCAAGAUUCGAUCGGGGUGAGGAUCCUCUCGACCCCGAAUCAGGGAUGCAUUCGGGUCCGAAGUUCCGUGACUUCCAUCAGUUCCACGGAGGCGGCUCACCCUUCCAAUUCAAAUUUCACUUCAAUUGAUGAAGAAAUUACGUCCGGUAGAAGAAAAAAAAACAAAAGAAAAGACUUCUCGUCGCGAUUAUGACGGCUCGUUUGCUCAUCGUUCAUUACGUAGCUUCGUAACACCAAUAUGCUGAUGUUACUGCUUGGAGCUCGUUGUUUGACUUGUUCGAGAUAUAACAGCAACACGCAUUGUUGAAUUUAUAAACGUGACUUGUUCCAAGAACAUUUUCUCCAUGUCUGAGACGUUGUGUUUGGACGGUGAAUUUAUCGGGAGAAGGGGCUGAAAAUGUCACAUUUUCAUCCACAACUUCAUAGUGUAAAACUGUAAAACGUGAUAUGAUACGAAAUAAUCGUGCAUCAGUGCAACACUCUUCAAUUUUCCCAAAGAUACGACUUUUUUAUCAUCUAAUUUCCACGUCGCAAUUGAACAUUUUAGGGAAAAAAGGUAUAAAGUUAAUCGAAUUUGUAGACUCAUGUGGAACUUGCAAUAGAAUAUUCAAUUUGCACUCCGCACCAUCGGUGAGCUCCGAUUAUGCCCACGAAUAACGUUGCAAUUGUCAACAGUUCACAAACUAAGAAUUAUACCAGAGGUAUACAUCAGUUAUUACAGAAAAAAAUGCCUUUUCGCAGCAACUACCUAGCGUAGAAUCUACAAAACAACCAUUGAAUUGAAUGCAAUCGUUAACGGACUUCAAAACGACCAAUAAGUCUCUCCAAAUUUUUAAGCUCGCACUGCGUACUCCAAAUUAUACAACGAUUGUGACUCGUUUUUUAUAAAUAGUAUUGAAGUCUGCAUCGCUUUACCUAUCAAAUGUACUUGAAACUUCAUUCUUCAUUGUAGAAAAAUGAACAGAUUUUUCGAUGAAUUUAAACUGAAAUCAAGAAAAAGUUGGACCAACUUUUGGUCGUUGUGGUUUUCAAAUGAAAAACACUAUUCAGAACACUGGAAAGAAAAUAAAUUCAAUUUAUGCCCGCUGUUGUAAACUUCAACAUUGUUUCAAUGGAGCAUUUGUACUCGGCUCAGCUACUGAUGUUUGAACGGUAAUUAUCGAGUUUCGCCAAUGGACGAACGGUUAUAUAUAUUAAAUUUACGGUCAAAUAGUUGAUGCAUCUCAGUUGAGUCAGCUGUCAAACGAAAAUGACAGUAGAAUAAAAUCAAAGGAGCUUGCUAAAUAGCUUAAGGAAUGUGUCAUUUUUAGGAUUUUGUUUUACAAAAACUAUCGAAUAGAUUUCGUAUUUUUGGCACAUGUAUUGAAUUUUCUUAUCCUAAACAUAAUUUUCAACUAACAAUGUCGAAAAUUUUAAAAGUCGAAAGAACCGCAGGAAACACGUGAAAAAGAGUAUUCUCGGACAAGGGUUGCUUGUGAAUUUUUCACAUUCAUCAAACGGAAAAACAUUUUUCGACAAAUUUGAACAUUCGAAGUAACAAAAAAAGCAUGUUUCGAAUUCUUUUUUCAUUUGCUUAAACUUUUCAGACUUAAAAGUAUAAAAAUUACUCGUGCAUUUAAAGAUCAUGUGAAAUUUCUACAAAACGAUCAAUAAGUUCAAUAAAUGAAUUUAAAAACGCUCGCCCGCAUUUAUAUAACGUAGUGCAUCUCUGCCUCAGUCUAUACAAUUCGCAAGCCAAUAUCCCUGUCGAAAGUCUCGGCAUCUGAAUUUAAUGAAUUACGUGUGAGAGUGCAUUUCGAGCGUAAAAACACAUUGUUUUUUUGUAUUGUUUUUGUAAAUAUGGUGAAUUACUAUCGACCAAAUGCGAUCGAAUCCUUCCCACAUAUAAAAAUUAUAUAUAGGGGUGUGUUAAUUUCGACUCUCAUUCAAAGUCUGAAUUUUCACUUGGAAAAAUAUCUGCCACUAAUGUAAAAUCUAAGAGAAAAAAUUGUCGCAUCGUGACAGAAAAUGAAAAAUAAUUUGAAUCUCGAACGACUUUGAGAUUUCUCCAUAAUCAAUCAGUCAAAAGUUUCAUUUCUUUUUCUGUUAGCAGUAAAAAAAGAAAAGUAACUAUCUCUGAAAAGAUAAAGAAAUGAAAUAAAAUUUCAAAAAUGGCACAUCUAAAUAUGUAUCCAUUAAUGCAUUUGUGUAAAUAUGGAUGUACAUAUAUGGACACAUAUAUAUCCAUCGCAUAUUUAACAUAGGUUCAGUGCUGUGGAAGUGAGUUUAUGCAUGGGAGUGAGUCAGAAUUCUAUGUACAUACCUAAACUGUAUCUCUGAAGUUUGUUUAAAAAUAUAUUUGAAUAAUUUAUACAAA